GAAGUUCUGCGAACACUCCACAGUCACAUUGGAUUUACUGACUGAAGUCGGGGAUAAAAAAAGACACGUAACGCAUUAAAAUGCAGAGAUGUACUCUAAGAAAUUUACACGAUUAGCUUUUGGACUGUUAGCAGACUCUGCGCUCAAAAGGCCUUUAACCCGAAACGUGUCCUCCAAAGUGAAAGCAGCGCGGUCUCUGUGCAGCUGGACGGUGUGUUUGCAUCACCGACAGAAGAGUCAGCUGUCAAACGGAGUGACCCGCCUCAAUGUCCGCUCGAUCUCUCAGUCCACUCUGGACCCCGCCGAGGUGCGGAAGUUUCAGGCCAUGGCGAGCAAGUGGUGGGAUCUCCAGGGAGAGCUUGCAGCCCUCCACUCUAUGAAUGACCUGAGAGUGCCUUUCAUACGGGAUAAUUUGUUGAACGUGCAUGGAGUCCGGCAGUUGGGUAAACCUCUGAGUGGCCUCAGAAUACUGGACGUGGGCUGUGGCGGAGGCUUGCUGAGCGAGCCACUAGGGAGGCUCGGGGCAGAUGUGUUGGGAAUCGACCCAGUGGAGGACAGUGUUCGAACAGCAGAGCUGCACUGCUCCUAUGAUCCUGAGUUCCGGGAGAGAGUUCGCUAUCAGGCCUGCACCCUUGAGGAGCUCGCAGAAGAUGAAGCAGAGGGCUUUCAUGCUAUAGUGGCAUCUGAGGUGGUUGAACAUCUGGCGGAUCUGGAUGCCUUUGCCAACUGCUGCCAUCAGGUGUUGAAGCCCGGUGGUUCUCUAUUCAUCACCACUAUUAACAAAACCAACUUAUCAUACUUGUUUGGGAUUGUGGCAGCAGAGCAGCUGUUAAGGAUUGUUCCGAGUGGCACUCAUGACUGGGAGAAAUUCAUCAGCCCAGAGGAUCUGGAACGACUGCUGGAGUCUUUCGGUUUCUACGUGGAGGCUAUCAGAGGCAUGAUGUACAAUCCUCUCACAGGGGCGUGGAGCUGGCAGCAAAGCACAGCCAUCAACUAUGCCUUGCAUGCGGUUAAACGUAAAGAAGACCCACAGCCUGACCGGGUCUGGGAUGAGAAAGAGAAUCUGGAGGAGCCAGGUCGAGCCAAGAGUUACAGCUGAGCUCUUUUUAUUGAUGGAACUGCUAUCAAACAAAUGUCAUCUGCCCCAGAACUUACUUUGGGCAGCAUUGACCUAACGUUUAAAUAUAUGUAGCAUUGCUGAACAUGUUUUAUCAGAAGGAGGAUUCGUAACAUAUUUCAUGAAACUGUGGAGCUGUUGUUAAGAUUGAAGCACUUUUGAUCCACUCGUGCCAUGGUAUUGAUUUUCAGUGGUCCUUUGAUGCAUUUUAAACACAGUCAGCUUGAGUGUUUUGUGGUGUUGUCAAAUGUAAAUUAGACAAUGAAAUUGACAUCAGGAUUUUUGGUGCCACUUAAAAAAAAGUGCAAGUACUUAAUAAAAUAAAAGAAACAAGUGAUCUGA